AUGCUCGUCAAAUGUCGGGGCGCGCGGGCCACGUCAGGAGGGCCACGCCGAGAGGGCCACGUCAGGAGGGCCACGCCGAGAGGGCCACGUCAGGAGGGCCACGCCGACAGGGCCACGUCAGGAGGGCCACGCCGACAGGGCCACGUCAGGAGGGCCAUGCCGAGAGGGUCACGUCAGGAGGGCCACGCCGAGAGGGUCAAGUCGGGAGGGUUACGUCAGGAGGGCCAUGCCGAGAGGGUCAUGUCAGGAGGGCCACGCCGAGAGGGUCAAGUCAGGAGGGCCACGUCGAGAGGGUCAUGUCGGGAGGGCCACGUCGAGAGGGUCAUGUCGGGAAGGUCACGCCGUGAGAGACAUGUCGGGUGGCUCAUGUUGGGAGGGCCACGCCAGGAGUGCCUCGUCGAGAGGGCCAUGUCGGGAGGGCCACCGCUGAGCCUACCUGAGGGCUGUUUCGCGGCAGCGGUUGUUACAAAUGAGUGA